AAUUUUAGAAAAGAGACGCCGAUUGGUGGACUCUUACUUUGAAGUGCACCGGAAGCGAGGGAAUCCUCUUUAAGUUCGCCCUGUGUCGAACACUUCAUUCACAGCACAGAAGCGUCCUUGCUGGUACAAUCCCUACUGGACAUCCUCACCGCAGAAAACCAGGAGGAAGCGAAAAUGGUGAAGAUAUCUUUCCAGCAAGUAACUGCACAGAAGCCCGAAAAGGAGAACGAUGGAGACAAAGAGGAAAUUCACAUGCCCUACUCUCACCAGGAUGAGUUGGUGCUCCCGGUAAGAUCGAAGAUGUCUUAUUUUAGAGGCCUUUGGUGCGUAGUGCUCGGCUUGGUGAUCUUCCUGUCAGGCUUGAUCAUUGCCUCUGUAUGCCUGUACCGACACUACUUCAGCCCGCAGAUCCCAGAGGACAGUUCGUUCCACUGUCGGGUGAUGUACGAGGACCCCCUGUUCGCCCCGUUACUCGGAAGACAGGAGUUGGAGGAGAAUGUCGGCAUCUACCUGGACGACAACUACGAACAGAUCAGUGUGCCUGUUCCUGACUUCGGAAGCAGCGACCCGGCUGACAUCAUUCACGACUUUCACAGGGGACUCACAGCUUACUAUGAUAUUGCGUUGGAUAAGUGCUAUGUUAUUGAACUCAACACGACAAUCGUCAUGCCGCCCAGGAGCCUGUGGGAGCUGCUUGUCAAUGUCAAGCGGGGGAUGUAUUUGCCCCAGACCUACAUCAUUCAGGAAGAGAUGGUGGUGACGGGGCGCAUUAGGAACAUGCGUCAGCUGGGACCCUUCAUCCACCGACUCUGUUAUGGAAAAGAAACCUACAGACUGAGACGCCGUAGCAGCCAAAGACGAGUCGAUAAGAGGGAGACCAGGAACUGCCACAGCAUCCGGCACUUCGAGAACACGUUUGUCGUAGAGACGAAGAUUUGCGACCGACUCCUGCUGUAGUUUCCCUCCCUUCUCCUCAACUCUACUGAGCAAAACCCAAAACUGACCAGUCCCCAUCUGUCCAGCUUAACAGCACUUUAUCAGCAUGAUAAACCUGUACAUAAUGUUAGAUCAUGCCAUAUUUGUGGCUUUGUUGGUUCAGAUUUUCCAAGGAUAAACUGUAAUUACUUUGUCCAUAUUCUGAAGCAUACUGUCUAGUUUAUAGUUUCAUUUCACUCUCAGGUUAUUUGUGUGUGUGUGUGUGUGUGUGUGUGUGUGUGUGUGUGUGUGUGUGUGUGUGUGUGUGUGUGUGUGUGUGUGUGUGUGUGUGUGUGUGUGUGUGUGUGUGUGUGUGUGUGUGUGUGUGUGUGUGUGUGUGUGUGUGUGUGUAUAUAUAUAUAUAUUUUUUUUUUUUUUUUUUUUUUCUCCAGUGGGGAAGUUUCCUCAAAUACUGUGAGAUUAGUCUUAGACAUCUGGCAUGCUCUUUUUUUUCUUCCUCUGUUUCAUUUGUUCAUUAUUUUCUGUGUUAGCUAAGAAAUCCAGAUUAGAAAAUUGUCUUCGAUGCCAAAAGAUUUACCUCAUAUUUUAGAAAUGUAUGACUUAAAGCCUGUUAUUUAAGUCAUAGCGUGAGUUUUUGAACGUGAUAUAAGCAAUAUAAGUUUCCUUCUCUUGGAUUUCCUAACUUGACAUCCAUUUGUUUGUAGUAUUGUUGGUUAUCUGAGCAAGUUAUUAUGUUCAAAUGCUCUAUGUAAUACAUGUGAAUAAAGUUUGUAGAAAAAUGUGAAAGACUAUCCACCGAAUGUUGGUUUGAAAUGUUUUGUUAUCUCUAAAUGCAGUAUGCCUGUACUCAUAAUAACAGGUUGUUCUUUAAUUAAGCUGAAGGUUCAUUUUCUUAGGCACAGAGGUGCAGAAAACUUUUUCUUGCCGUUCUUAUUCCAUUUUGUUUAUAUGCUCCAUCCAUGACUAAUGGUAAACAAUUUGACCACGUCUAAGGUGGAAUCAUUUCAUUUUGCUUGUACUUUUUCUAAUCGUACCAUUUAUAUGUAUUUGUUCCUCUUCCACAUACUGGUGUAGCAACAACUGGUUUUGUCUGGAAUAAAUUAGGCAUUUGAUUUGA